AAUUUCAAGGCCUGGUUUAGGUUUUACAUUUUAGAAUGUAGUGCCUCGAGAUUGUGCAUAAUUUUAAAGGCUGCUUUGACUGAAAAAAGAUUGUGAAGCACUGGUGUAGACAUCAAAAAGCCUACAAAUUCUUCUGGAUGCCACCAUCUUGAAUGUGAUUCAGUACCAGUGUGCAAAAGUGUAUUUGCUUUGGAAAUAUAAGUCACCUCUAAUGUUGGGUGUCCUACAUGUGGGGAUGUUGCUGCGUUAUAUAAAACCAUUAGAACAGUUUUUCACAUGUUAGAAUGGGGUGCCCUUUUAAAAUUUUGGACAGUGUUGAGGCACCCCAUUUUAGAAUGGUGUGCCUCAAGACUGUCCAUAAUUUUAAAGGGUGCCUCAGGACUGUCCAGAAUGUUAAAGGGUGCCUCAAGACUGUCCAUAAUUUUAUAGGGUGCCUCAAGACUGUCCAUAAUUUUAAAGGGUGCCUCAAGACUGUCUAUAAUUUAGAGGGUGCCUUGACU